AUGGCAUCAGUGCCCGCCAAACCCGCUGCAGCAACGGAUCCAGAGAGAGAGUACAAUCUAAUAUCCAAUCUCGAACUACGUAUCGCGUCUGCGUCUACGGACGAGAAGCUGGAAUCGAUUCUACAGAAAUUCCUUCCAGCACUUUUACUAAAAUUGGCUUCACCCACGGCGAAAAACAGAGACCUUACCAUCAAAGUUGCUGGGUAUGUCAACCAGCGUGUCAAAAUCAGCCAAAGCAUCAAGCUUCCGGUAUCAGCCCUCGUCAAAGCAUUCCGCGAAGCCGAAAAUGCAUUUGUGAGAAGGUUUUGCCUCAUAUUCAUUGAGCAGGGUCUGCCACGACUGGAGACGAGCGAAGCAAUUGCCACUCUUCCAGGAGUCCUCCAGUUUGCUAUCCCUAAAGCUGAAGGGUACGACACAACGGAUCGGAAAAUAUGGGCCAUUGCUUUUGAUUUCACCCUGGAAGUAUUACGACAGUGGAAACUCCCAGAAAGGAACAGCAAAGAAGAUCUUGCUCUAAAACAUACCUUCUCCUUGACACAAGUUCAAACAGACCUCCUGGCUAGUAGGAUUUGCGACUUUCUGCUCUUCGAUCCAAGGGACAGCAGCCAGGCUUAUGAUGAAGACUUUAAGCCAUUCUUUGAGAAGAAUUUCAAGCGUCGUUCGGAAGUUGUUCUACCCUUGGCAAGAUUCCUCUUCAGCUCGAUUUUUACAGAUUCACAACGUCUCAUCCCUGCAGUCAUCAUGGCCAUGGAUGCGAACGCCUCAGCCUCUAGCAUGAGUGACACCAUCUUCAAGCAAUCAGACUUCGACCUUGAGGCCGAACCAAACGUCGAUGCUUUGUUCGCGCUGUACAAGCGGUCAAAGCCAAAACUUCAGACGAAAAUUCUCACUUUGUUAUCUAGGAGUCAGACUUCGACUAGCCGUACCACAGCGAUCAUGGCUAUGGUCGAGACGCAACUGAAUAGCCCAAAUGCGGGGCUUGAAGCUGCCAAGCUGCGAACAGCGCUGUUCAAUUAUCUAACAUGGACGGUGCGAGUGGGAAAGACGCUCGGGCAGAUCAGCCACCGUGUUCAGGAUCUACUCAAACAGUAUAUUGGAAUCCAAGGAUGGCCGGUGAUGAGCGACCCAUCAGUCGCCGAGUUCGAAUUGCGGGCAAAGGCUUAUGAGAGUAUUGGACUCUUGGCAGCCGUGAAGGACGUAGAGCAUACUGCUGACCUGAACAACCGCACGUUAGAUCUCAUCACCUGGCUCUUCACCAGUUUACGCUGUGAUACAACAAGGGACAUCAAGGGAAGCAUAGAAGAGGCUAUCGGGCGGGUGAUGAACUCGACAUCAGACCUGGACGAGGCAUCCAUGAAACGGCUCAAGGAUCUUCUCCUGUGGAAUGUGUUGACAACGCGUGGACAAGAGGAUCCGGUCUAUUUUCUGCCUACGCUCAACAGCACAAAGUACCCGGCAGUUCGCUAUGUCAACAAAGUCCUCCCAUUCAGCGACGUGGAUGCACGAUUCAUCAACGUACUUGCGUUAGCACCGUCAGAUCGAAGGGAAAUUGCCGAGGAAGGCUUCAGAGGCCUCGAUCCCUAUUGGCACGCCUCCAAUCUUCGCAUGACAAGUGGCUCAAAGCAAGAUACGAAACUCGUGUUACCAGACCUAAGCGAACUAGUCGCUCGAUUCUUUGUGUCAAAUGAUGGUCAGGAGGAAUUAUUCAAGUACUACGAAGAACCAACUGUUCUGGCCGCAGCCGUCACGUUCUGCUACAAUGUGUUCAUCUGCGACGCUCUUCAGGACACGAAACUUGCACCUGAAAAGUCCGCCGAUUGGAAACAAGCAAUUCAUGCGCUCGUUAACAAUGAUCAACAAGCUCGAUCUAAGAUCAAGAUUCAUCUUCGGUCACUGAGCCUACAACUUCAAGUUGUUCUCGUCAAUUCCGGUCUCAGCGGUAUGUCGAAAGCUUCUGGGGACUCUGUGGACUUUUGUCUUGAAUUUCUGUCAGCAGCUCCAAAUAGCCUUCUAUCGCUUGUACAUCAGAAGGGGCUCGAGAGUACCUCACUUGUCUCCUCGAAUCCGUCGCUACAGACUCGAGCGGCUCGUGUCUUUGGUAUUCUCGCCUCCGCAAAUGACGAUGCCGAACGGCUUGCUAGAGAUGAGUUCGAGAAGUGCGCGAAUUGGCAAUCUGCUGUUGGCGAGGGAGUUCACAGAGUUCGAGGCCAUCUCCUACGAGCAGUCUUCUGCUUGACGAGAAGAUCGUUGAGGGGCUUGGCCGCUUCAUCAGACUCGCCGAUACAUGACAUAUCGAAACUCGUCCUGGAAGUGAUCAAGGUCACUCAUGAUAAAGCGCUUAAGGAGACCGCAUACCGGUGUCUGCGCCAGAUCGCUUUGUGUACACCAAGCCUCAAAGACGACCUUCCAAAAGAUGAUAUUUUUAACCAACUAAUCUCAGACUCGAAGAAGGAGAGUGAAGCGGCAGCGGCAGCUCUUGGUCCUGUUAUUGGCUCGCUGGCGCAAAUUGAGAAAUCCUCAGACUUAAGCCCCACGCUCGAUCGAGUGUUCGCUUUGCACGAGGUUAAGCGGGCAGAAUUUCAUUUCGCGUUAGGUGAAUCUUUGGCAGUUGCAUGUGCGGGAUUCAAAUCGACCUCGACGAUGACCGAAUUCGAUGUGGAUGCUGAUCUGCCUGACUGGGGCGCGAAGGAUACACUGUUGGCAACGAUCAUUGACAGGGUAAUCCAAGAUUGCAAGACCAGUAAGCCAUCACAGAAAAAGGCUGCUGCCAUAUGGCUCUUGUGCUUGUUGCAAUAUUGUGGUGACGCAGAUCCCAUCAAGUCCAGGUUGCGCGAGUGUCAAGCUGCAUUCAGCCGCCUCCUGAAUGACCGCGACGAGAUUGUCCAAGAGACUGGCUCAAGAGGCUUGAGUGUUGUGUAUGAGCGAGGGGACAAUCAGCUCCGUGAGGAUCUGGUACGCGACCUGGUGCAGAGUUUUACUGGAAACAAGGCUAAGAUGUCUGGAACGGUCGAUGAGAGCACGCAGCUGUUCGAGGCGGGUGCUCUACCCACUGAAAAUGGUCAAUCGGUAACAACGUACAAAGAUAUUGUCAGUCUCGCCACCGAGAUGGGCGAUCCAAGCUUGGUGUACAAAUUCAUGAACCUGGCAUCGAACAAUGCCAUCUGGACUAGCCGAGCCGCCUUUGGAAAAUUUGGUUUGGGGAGCGUACUCGCGGACUCGAGCUAUCUCGCAGAAAACAAGAAGUUUUAUCCGAAGCUAUUCAGGUACCGAUUCGAUCCCAAUCCGAAUGUCCAACGAUCCAUGAAUGAGAUUUGGAAGGCACUAGUCAAGGAUCCGAGUGCAGUCAUCAACGACAAUUUUGACCUGAUAAUGGAUGACCUCCUGAAAAGUGUGCUCUCAGGCAAAGAAUGGCGAGCCCGUGAAGCUAGUUGUGCUGCAAUCUCUGACCUGGUACAGGGUCGAGACCUCGAUCUGUUUGAGAAAUAUCUUAAUGAGAUCUGGAAAGUCUCAUUCAAGGUCUUGGAUGACGUGAAGGAGUCAGUGCGGCUGGCAGCAAUGAAACUCUGCAGGACGCUGACCAGCAUGCUGAUUCGCAACCUAGAGAUUGGCGAUGGAAACACUAAGCGUUCAACGACCAUGCUCAACCACGCGAUGCCAUUUCUGAUCCAACAGAUGGAAGGAGGGGCGGGUCAAGAUGUUCAACAAUAUGCUAUUGUAACGCUGUUGGAAGUUGUGAAGAAAAGCCCAGUUAAGGCCCUCAAGCCCUUUGCCCCUAGCGUGCUGGAGACCCUGGUCCUGUCUCUCAGCUCCUUGGAACACGAGAGCAUCAACUACCUGCAUUUGAAUGCAGACAAAUACGGGCUAACCGCAGAGAAGCUAGACAAAAUGAGGGUGUCCAGCAUCAAUGCCUCGCCCGUGACGGAAGCGAUUGAACGGUGCCUGGAGAGCAUUACAUCACAGAUUGGCGAGUCCGGGGAAGGCGUAGAUCCAAUGCAGGGCGUCGUCUUAAAUCCCAGCGCCAAGGUUGUUAACCCGAUCAUGGACGAUGCAAUGGCGCGGCUUGCCAACGCAUACCGUGCUGCUAUUGGACUUCCAUCCAAAGUCGGCCUAAGCCGGGUCAUGACGACCCUUGUUGUCCGCCACCAGGCAGCCUUCCGACCUUACGCGGACGGAUUCGUCCAACUCACCCGAAAGCACAUACUGGAUCGCAAUGCUACUAUCAGUAUAGCUUUCAGCACAUCCUUGGGAUACUUGAUGCGACUUGCUUCAAACAAGGAAGUUCAAGCGACGAGCAAAUACGCGCAGAAGCUCUACUUCGAGUCUCAGGAGUUGAUGCACCGCUCCGUGGCUGGAGAGAUUGUCCAGGCUAUCUCCAAGGCAGCCAAUGACAUCUUUAUGAAGGCAGCCUCGUCAUUUCUACCCUUCGCCUUUAUUGGACGACGUGAUACGGAGAAAGAGGUCAGAGAGAGAUUUGAUAUUCCCUGGCAAGAGAACAUUGGUGGGUCGCGUGCAAUCAAUCUCUAUCUGAAGGAAAUUGUGGAGCUCAUCUCAAAUCAUAUCCAAUCGCCACUUUGGCCCAUCAAACACGCAUGCUGUUUCGCUGUCGCCGAGUUGAUUGCAUCGAUGGAAGUCACCGAAAGAUACAGUGACAAUGACGCAUCACUUUUAUGGGGACUUAUCCAAGAGGCACUAGAUGGUAAAACCUGGGAAGGUAAAGAGGAAGUGGUUAAGGUGUAUCCGAAAUUCGUUCGACAGGCCCAAUCCCUGUGGCCUAAUGAUCAAAUCAGCCAACAAAUGAAAAAGAUCGCGGUCAGGGAGGCAAAAAGAACUAAUGCAGGAUAUAGGCCUCCCGCCAUUGCUGCACUUGGCGAGUUCGCGUUGGCGCGAAAAGACUUGGACUUGACAGAAGACAUCCUGCCCAACCUAGUGGAUGUCCUGGAUGAGCUCACUGACGAGGAUGCAAUGGAUGUUGAUAGCACCAGUGGGAAGGCUAUGGAUAAUCGAUCGGUAGUUGAAGCCAUAACAAGCGCCAUCGUUUCAUGCUUAUUCAAACUGCUGAGAGCUCAUGCAGACCCAAAGGUUCUGGACCCAGCCAUGGGGAUCGUUCGCAAGGCCCACGCAGUUCAGGCAACCGAAAUUGAUAUUGUGCUCUACGAAGAGACGAAACACUUCGUUCUUGCAUGGCCCCAAAGGAAAGCGGAUGCCCUUGUCGAUCGCAACAAGCAAGGCCACGAUAAGGAGCCGGAGGAAAUCCCCGAAAAUGCCUCAGCCACGAGGAGAUCGGCACCAGCCUCAGAGGAAGCGAAAAUGGGGCAGUUUUCGGAGAGAAGCGAAGGUGAAGGGCGGGUUGGGCCUUUUGAGGCAUUUGAGCCACUGAUGCUGAGUGUCCUCCAAACCAACCCGCAGCGCCAAGACCAGCCCGAGCGGGUCCGCAAGUCACGUGCAGAGCUGGCCCUGGCCCUGGCCCAGCACGGCAUGAAAAGCUCCGCAGCACUAGCGGCGAUCCUCGACGGAUGGCUCCAGAUCGAACGGUCUCGGUCUUUACGUGAAGUGAUCGAACGUGCUCGCUUGCUUAAUCAGCGGCCCCUAACGCCUUAG